CCCACGAGGGGACCCUCUUGGAAGAGACGGUAAAAGCAAUGGAGAGCUGGGACAGGCCUGUGAGCACGUCCAGCACAGAUAUCCUGGUUAAAGAACAAGGACAUAGAAUGUACUACGUGCCUACACCAGGAGCCAGGAUGGAGAACGCUUCUGUCAGCUAUGACUAUGGGGAUUAUGGUGACCUCUCGGACCUCCCAGUGGACUGCCCGGAUGGCACCUGCCUGACCAUCGACCCGCUGCGCGUGGUCUCGCUCCUGCUGUAUGUCGCCAUCUUCCUGGUGGGGGUGCCAGGCAAUGCCAUGGUGGCCCGGGUGACGGGGAAGGAGGCCCGCUGGAGGGUGGGUGCCACCUGGUUGCUCCAUCUGGCUGUGGCAGAUUUGCUGUGCUGUUUGUCUCUGCCCAUCCUGGCAGUGCCUAUUGCCCGUGGGGGCCACUGGCCGUACGGGGCCUUGGGCUGUCAGGUGCUGCCGUCUGUCAUCCUGCUGACCAUGUAUGCCAGCGUCCUGCUCCUGGCAGCUCUCAGUGUGGACCUCUGCCUCCUGGCUCUUGGGCCCGCCUGGUGGUCUAUGACUCAGCGGGCGUGCAGGGUGCAGGUGGCCUGUGGGGCGGCCUGGACUUUGGCCUUGGUGCUCACCAUGCCCUCCGCCGUCUACCGCCGGCUGCACCAGGACUACUUCCCCGCCCGGCUGCGGUGUGUGGUGGACUACCGCGGCUCUUCCAGCACUGAGAAUGCAGUGACCUCUGUCCGCUUUCUUUUUGGCUUCCUAGGGCCCCUGGUGGCUGUGGUUAGCUGCCACAUUGCCCUCCUGUGCCGGGCAGCUCGAUACCGCUGGCCACUGGGCACAGCCGUCAUGGUGGGGUUUUUUGUCUGCUGGGCACCCUACCACCUGCUGGGGCUGGUGCUCACCGUGGCGGCCCCGAACUCUGCACUCCUGGCCAGGGCCCUGCGAGCUGAACCCCUGGUCGUGGGCCUUGCCCUCGCUCACAGCUGCCUCAAUCCCAUGCUCUUCCUGUAUUUCGGGAGAGCUCAACUCUGCCAGUCACUGCCAGCUGCCUGUCACUGGGCCCUGAGGGAGUCCCAGGACAGGGAUGAAGGUGUGGACAGCAAGAAAUCCACCAGCCAUGACCUGGUCUCGGAGAUGGAGGUGUAGGAU